AUGGCCAAUGAGCCAGCUUCGAGCCGUCGCUCCCUAUCGCCAGAGAGCUCGGGUAGAGACUCGCCUCUACCGACCCGACAAUGGCGAAAUCAACUAGGCUCUGCGACAGAGGACGCGCCAUCCAACGACAAAGCUUACCGCAAGUACGCCUCUGGAGUUGAGAGAGCUCUAACCUUGUUCGAAACCGCACUUCAAGAAUGGGCAGACUACAUCUCCUUCCUCAACAGACUUCUACGGGCAUUGCAAGCCCGACACAACUCCAUCACAACCGUACCCUCCAAGGCCACUAUCGCGAAGAGACUAGCCCAGUGUCUCAACCCAACUUUGCCUUCCGGUGUCCACCAAAAAGCCCUCGAGGUGUACAACUACGUCUUUACCACUAUAGGCCAAGAUGGUCUCGCUCGGGAUCUCCCAUUAUACCUUCCCGGACUGGCAUCGACCCUGUCAUUUGCAUCCCUUUCCGUCCGGGCCCCAUACCUUGAUAUCCUCGAAACCCACUUUCUGCGGUUGGAUCCUCGGUCUCUGCGACCAGCAAUGAAGUCAAUCGUGCUGGCACUAUUGCCGGGUCUGGAGGAGGAGACCAGUGAGGACUUUGACCGUACCAUGAAGCUUAUGGAAAGCUUCAAAGUGGCCAUACGAUCCCCAGGGAGUGAAGAACUGACCGACGUGCAUUCGACUGGCGACGAUUUCUUCUGGCAGUGCUUCUUCUUAGCAUCCAUCACCAGCCAUAGCAGAAGAGGCGGUGCAUUGGCAUAUCUCGUGAGAACCUUGCCCAAGCUAGGAGAACCUAUAUCUUCGGCACCCCCCAAGGACGACGGGACCAACAAUGGGGACCAAGCAGACUUGUUUAUUCAGCUCGGACGUAUUGUUACAUCACCGGAGCCGGGUCUACUCCUUCGGUGCUUCGCCGCAGGCUUGGCUGACGAGCAGCUCCUGAUCCAAAGAGGAUUCCUAGACCUCCUGGUCACCCACCUGCCACUGCACUCCAAGGUACUGCAAACCAGGGUCAAGCCUGCCGACCUAGAGCUUCUCCUGCGGGCUGCUUCUGGCGUCGUCAUCAGGAGAGACAUGAGUUUGAACAGGAGACUUUGGGCAUGGUUCCUGGGCCCCGAUCCCCCGGCAGCCGACAACGAAAGCACCGUCGAAUCUCCGCUGUCAGUCGAGCACCCACAAUCCUACCUCACUUCCAAAACGAGCUACUUUGAAGAUCACGGGCUCCAUUCCUUGACUCAGGCAUUACUGGCUAUGAUCCAGGCAUCCUCAGACGCAAGUCCAACGGAGAGAGCUCGGCCCUACAGGAUAUGCCUUUCGCUGAUGGACCGCUGGGAGAUUGGAGGGCUUGUCGUGCCUGAAGUCUUCUUGCCCAUCGUCGAUAGUGUCCGCCAGUACAAGAGUCAGUCCUCCAACAAGAAUGACUUCAAUGAGGUUUUCAAGAGUGCCAGUGUCUUCUUUGACGGCGUCGAAAGUGGCCUCAUCUAUGGUGAGAUGGUUAGCCUGCUGGCGCAAGCAAUUGGUCCCAGUAGUCUCUCCACAGCUCAGCGACUGGAUAAGCUGGACCUCGUCACUUUCAUACUCGCAAAUUUCAACAUUAGGGAGGAGGAAAUGAUAACCAUACACGCACCUCUAACCGCCCUCAGCAUCCUCUGCAUGUUGGAGGAUGCUCAAGACAGACAGAACAAUCCAGAUCAGGCGACGCUGCGACUCGAAGCGGUCACCGAGAGGAUCCUAGAAAUCGCCCUGUCACUUUUCGAUCUUAUUCCCGACAGGGCUUUUCCGACGCAGGACAAACCAGCAAGGACAAUGGAAGCCGCUGUGUUGGUUUCAUUGCCUGUCAUCGAGCUCUUGAAGCGCAUCAAGGCCUUCUACGUCAACGACCAGGGAAGUCUGGAUGCCGCUAACGCUCCUUUCACUCCAGUGGAAGUAGGUGAACUGCUUGUUCGAAAAUCGGGCAGGCUUAUUUGCGAAGGGUUGUCUACCACCAGCCUGGAGCUAGGAACCAAGGGAAGGCUUCUUACUGCGUUGCUUGUGAAGACCUCGGUUCGCUACGAGCUUGACACAGCUCAGAUCUUGUCAUGCCUACACGCACGGCUUGCCCAAGACACUGGCCUCCCCUUUUCCUCCUUCAAUUCUGUGGUACAUCUGUCGAGCCACUUGUAUUUUGCCAAAAGGACAUCCUUGGAAGACCUAGCUGAUCUCGUGGCACCAAUUGUUCGGCACGCGUGGACUUAUCUCGCAGUCUCGGAGCCCAAAUUUCACGUCGAAACGGUCCGACUCCUGUGGCAACUCCAGUCAGUGCUUUCGCCUCAAAGCCGCGAUAUCGAAGCCACUUUAUCGAAACUGAUUACUGAGAAAGACACGCAAGGGGCGUUUGCGGCACGUCGAGCCGACCCUGGCCGCAGAUUCUCUGUUUUGUGGUCUCAUACCCUCAAUGACUCCCAGUCAGACCGAAGGGGUUCGAGGACACCCACCCUAGAAAAGCUGCCACUUCCUCGACUCAGCGGCGCUGACCAUUACGAUGUGAUGCUGACGAGGCCUCUGCUCCUGAUGCUUGACGCCUUACUCGAUGAGCGCACGCAGCUCUUCAUGACUGUCAAGUCUUGGUUAAAUAGCCUAGUAGGCAUCGACAAGCUCUUUCUCGUUUUUGUUGCCAAAUUCUCUGCCAUGAGCUUCCUUGGAGCACGUCGCAGUGCGGGUGGCAAUGUGGGGACGGACAAUUCACCUGCCUUCACUGAUGGUGACGACCUCGACACAUGUCUAUACUACUCGACCUUCGGACAUUGUCAAAUGUUUUUCGUUGGGCCCCUGAUGCCAUCUGGUCGAUUUUGGGUUCAUCUACUCUCAAUCCCAAUGCCAGUCGACCAGAAAUCGCGCGCAUCGAUCCUCCUCAAUCCAUACGCGGAGUCUCUGUCAAGCCUACAUCUGGAGGAGCCCCUCAUCGAGCGGUUGUCCCAGUCUCUUACAGGGCCUGACCCGUACGUUCAGGUGCUUCUUUUGGAUGUCGUUUUUGCGACGCUGAAGAUAAGACAUCACGUUCCACCUGAACUGCCCACAUCGCCGACGUCAGAAAAGGGCAAACUGAGCGUCGAACCGAACAGGGGCCCUCGAUCUUCUAUGCAACAUGAAGAAGGACCACGCAUCCUGUCUCCUCCGCCAUCACUUCUAAAGUGUCUACAAUCCGGCUUGAGUGCCACGAGCAGUCGCAGCGUGCUCGACAGCUGGGUCAGCUUCCUCACAGAGUGUCUCCCACUUUACUCGGAUACAAUCUUCCAAGUUCUUAUUCCUCUGGUCGAGACGCUGUGUAAGCAAGUCUCGGCUACAUUUGAUAACUUGCAGACCACAUUCAGAGAUGCGCACAGCGUGGCCUCUGAUGAGUGGAAUGCGCCCGAAUCAACCCUCAUAUCACUGCUGAACGCACUCGAGCAGGUCCUAGCCCGCGGACACGAGCGCCUCCUGGCUGAAGAGGCCAGGACGCAAGUGGUCAAGGGACCGGACCAACAACAAGGGUUCUUCGGAAACAUGGUUUCUGGCGUCUUCGCAUCAGACGGAUCACAUUCGCGUAGCGUAACAGCCAAUGACCGGCUCACUGUGCACCUAGCUUUCCAAGAUGCGGUGCGCAUUUGUUUCACCAUCUGGUCUUGGGGCCAAGGAGCAGAUGUCAGGGCGCAAGACAUCACAUCCGUCUCGUCUUUCAACUAUACGUCUCUGCGGAUGCGGAACAGGGCACGACGUCUCUUGGAGCACCUCUUUGCGGCAGAGACGCUCGAGUGCCUGGAAACAGCCAUUGGCAUCUGGCGCGCCUCCAUCGAAGUAUCUGCAGUAGCACAGCAGUCCGAGGUUUUCAAGCUUCUGCCGGCCCUCGACGGUUCUCGACCUCGGCAUACCAUACCGGCGAUCUUCAAUGCAAUCUACAGCAGGACUAAUCCUCAGGCUCUCGAUCCAGCCAGGAGGUCAACACUCACUAUUUCUCUGCAAGAUACCGAUCUGGUCACCUUUCUCGUGGAGUAUGCCCGCUCGCUCGAGGACGACGCAAUGGACGAGAUCUGGCAGGACUGCAUGGCUUUCCUCAGAGACUUACUUGCCAAUCCUUUUCCGCAUCGGCAGACCCUUCCCAGCCUACUUGAAUUCGCAGCUAUACUUGGUGAAAAGGUCGACAAUACCAACUUUGGCGAGCAGCGGAAGAUGCGUCGUGAGCUUGGCGACCUGUUCCUCCGUCUAUUGACGGCCAUCUUCACCACAAAACCCAUGUCAUUUGCCGAAACAGCCUCGGACAAGGGUGACAAGUCCCGAGACAUCAGUCGGCGAACAACCAUGAACAGUCUUGAUAGAGCCGAGGAUGUGGUCGCUAUACUAGCCUCGAUCGUCCCGACCCUGCCCAAGGUUUUGGUUGAAAACGACCGUGUUCUCUCAGCGGCGGGCACGAUCGCCGCCAACGUCAUUGGCCCGGCUUUUCGAGCAAAGGGUUUCCCCGAAACGGUCACCCACAGCACUCUCGAGCUGCUGCAAGAACUGGCCAGGCUACCCAACAACCAGAAGACGUGGAAGAAGGAUGUUGGCGAUGCUUUCAAUGACGGCAGAUUCUUCGGUACCGGUCUGCCUUUAGUGCAGAGUGAUUGGUUGCCCCUGCUGCGUCAAUGGACUCUGAGUGACAAGGACCGCAUGCCUGACAUCUUGGCUCGCAUCAGCCCCCCUACGACUGCAGGUAUCGUAUUCGGCGUCGGUGCGACAUCUGCCAGGCUCGAGGCCGACAGGAAGACACAGCUCAAUCUGCGCAGGGUAGCUACUCUCGUGCUUGCGGCUAGCGAAGACACCUUUGUGUCAGAUCUACCUACAAUCUUGGAGAAAUUGGUAGAGCUGCUGGGUGCCACUUCGACAUCGUCUCCGUCCUCUAGCACUAGGUCAGAUAUUUUCAUGGUUGUGCGAGCCUUAGUCCUGAAGACGAGCGCCAUUCAUCUCGCCAUGAUGUGGCCGAUCAUCAACGCGGAGCUACACUCUGCCAUUUCGUCCGUCGUAGCACCCGACCACAGCUCAGCAUCGGAAACGUACAACAACAUAUCCAUUCUCCAGGCGUGUAAACUACUCGAUCUCCUCAUUUGCGUCGCGCCAGACGACUUCCAGCUGCACGAGUGGUUGUUUAUCACGGACACGAUUGACGCCGUCUACCGAGCCUCCAACUACCAGCCCGUCGCCUUGGUCGACGAGCUCUCAGAAGAGUUGGGCCAGGUCGCCGCCAACUCGGCUUUCCACAACGAGUCGGCGGCGCAUCUAGCCGCCAGCAGCUCGCACAGACGGCCUCUUCUUGGCGCGGGCGGCAUCAAGGACGAGGUGACGAUCGACCGUAAGGACGAGCUCGUGGCCAAGAUUCUGCGACCCUUUUUCGGCCAGCUCAGCAUAUUUGCGUUUGAAUCUACAUAUGCGAUGGCUCCGCUAGACUUGGAGUUUUGCAUCGAGGGACUGCUCAAGGACGUGUUUGAUGAACGCACCAUUGUACGGGCAUUGUAG